UAAACACUUAUUACCGUUAGAGAGGGUAUCAUCUUCAUCAGCCACCAUUAAUUUCCUUUCUAUCAAUCCGGGGAGAAAAAAUGCCCAAGAUUGCUGACAUGAAAUGCCCCAAAUCAUCCAGAUCUAAAAGAAAGCCUCUUAGAGACAUAUCGACUAAUCCGAAUGCUUCUACUUUUGUCAUGAAAAAGAAACCUAAUAAUAAUAAGAAUACUCACCCCCAGCAACAUUCUUCCGGCCCAAUGGAUCGACUUCUUCUCGCUCACUCCCAACUCUCAGUUCUUAUUCAUCAGAUCGAUGAACUUGUUGUACAAGCAGUGGAUAGAAAAGUGAGCAACACAAAGGACGUUGAAAUGUUUGCUGAUGUGCUGCAGGAGAUGCAAACGUCACUGAAGCCAUGGGUUCCAAGGUUCCAAAAAGUUCUUUCAACCAGUGCAACAGGCUCUGACAAUCAACUGGAAAAGAGUUUUGCAAAUAUGAAUAUAGCUCCUUCUAGAAAUGAGGAACUGAGCAAAGCUAUUGACAGCCCAUAUCUAGACAAGCUUGAUUUUAUGGUCUCUCCUUCACCUCUCGUGUCUUGGCGUGACGAUGGUGCUGCAGAUGGUGGUAGAAACCUGUUUAUGCUGACGCCUCUGCCUAGACCAACACCAUUCACAUCUAGACUAAAGAAAUCAUCCAAGUCGGUAUUUAAGAAGAUAAACGAUGAUGUUACUAUUGGCAACAAUGCUGUUACUGUUGGGCCAGUGGAGAGUGUUUUUUCAUCGACAGAAAAGUUGAUACAAAGGAAGAAUUCUGUAGUUGUUUCUACUCCUUGCCUCAAAAUGUCACCACCAAAAUCUUGUAUACUGUUGGAACCAGCUUCUGAAUGCUGCAACAAGAUUAAUGGCACUAAAAACCCAACGAUUCAUCAUCCUCUAGGUGGUGGGUCUGGAGGUUCUGAACCAUCUAGCAGUGAACCCUCUGAUCUGGCUUUGAAAUACCCUGAGCUUUUUGGAAUUAGGCGUGCUAAUAAGCUUGGAAAUGCAAGAAAUGUCGUGGAGGAAUCACCAGGUUGGGGUUUCUCACCACCCAAGACUUGUGUUCUGCUAGAACCUGGUGAUGAUCUGAGUAAUGAUACGAACUUGACAAGGGCUGGUGAUUAUAAAAGUGUUGUUUCACGCAAUGAAGUGAUUGAAAGUACUCCUAUGUGUAAGGAUUUUGAUACCACAAUUCUAAAAGGCAAGUGCGCUGGUGAGAACACUUUAAAGAAAGAACUGUGGAUGCGAAUUGAAGCAACAAUAGCUUAUAAGUUUCCACCUAAAGCAUCCGUUGAUCAAGGGACUGCUAAUACUAGUACCAGCAGAGGGUUCAUGGACUUGUUGGAAGAGGCUUCUUCAGAUGACCCGAAAUCCAUUGUUUGACUAAAGCUUGGAAAUACAUAAAUAUGUAUGCACUAAUGCACUUGGCUAUAAUUGAAAAUUUUGACUAUCGCAGACUUAUAAUGGUUUGUACUUUGUAGUUUCUGUCAUCUUCAUAAUAUGAAUAUAUACUUGCAACAUAUGGUUAUAAAAACCAAGAAAAUCACGACUCGAUUUUUAGUA